GGCGAGUGAGAGAGUAUAUAUCACAGUGGCUGGCUCCCCCCUCCCCAUAGUUCCUGUUGGUGCGUGUGUGUUGAUCCCUGGCGGUGUAGUACAGAUCCACGAGGCUCCGUUACUCCGUUUACUUGAUAAUACGUUCAAGGAGACAACGUUAGGGCCAGGGGGAGGAAGAGGUAUAGACGUGUCAGAAGGGAAUAAAGAAGGCAAAGAGGUGGUGGUAGGUGUUGGAAGAAGAGGUGCAUGGUGGAGGAGGACCAUCGGGGAGGCGACGCUGGACCACGAUGGAUCGUUGAACAUCACCAACAUCAUCAACAAGCAGUGAUGGCAUCCGUCCGAGGGAUGUUGCUGCUGCUGCUACUGGGGUGUUCCCUUCCCUUGCCGCCCUCCUCGGCCCUGCCAGACCCCCACCGCACCUGGCGACCCUUUCUGCUCGCCCACAAGAAGAGUCUCUCUCCCGCCCCAGACGCGGAGACCUCAACACCUCGCCACACUGGGGCCCCCAAUUUAUUGCCUGUCGCAAGGGACUCCUUUCUUGUCCCAGACGCAAGGGCCCUCUCCGUAGCCACAACAGAAGGGGGCCCUCAUCCGGUGCCAUCUGCCGCACAAGUGGAGGGAAGCGGUCCUCCAAAGAACGUCCAUCGUCGCGCCAAGCAGGCGGAGGACCACUGGAUGGGAGAAAAGAAACAUCCUGCAGUAGACUCCAUACACGUCACACACGCCAUCUUCAAACGUUCUCAGGACGAUGACGUUAUCGACUUACUUUACGGGCGAAACACAGACAAGUUGAAGCUUCAGGAGCGAAAUGAAGAAAGCGAAGGCGCUGUUCAAUCCUUUAUCUCAUCUUUAAGAGGAAUCUUCAGAGACUCCUGGCUGGGCAGUUCGUCUGGCAACAACACUGAGGCUUCUGAAGUCCUCCCGGAGUUGAAGGUCAUAAGAGGUGAAGACGAGAGUCUCUCCUUGCCUGACGGACGGGAAGAUGACAGAGACACCCACGGUGGUGGUAAUGAAGGCGGGAAGAAAGGUGGGAAAGACAGCGAGGUGGAUGACGACCCGGAGAGAACGAGAGAAGAGAGACGCGCGCAUGUCAACAAAAGAUACCAAGAGUCGCCGGAUAUUGGCGAAGACGAGCCGGGGACUUCGAGUAAGGUGCUCAGGAGAGUUCGCCGACAGGAUAACGAGGGUGACGGUGGUGGUGGUGACGAGGGUGACGGCGGCGGUGGUGGUGGUGGUGACGAUGGUAGUGGUGGCGGCGACGAUGGUAGUAAUGAUGGUGAUGCUGAUGAUGGUAGAGGAUCUGGUGAUGGCAGCGGUGAAGAUGGUGGCCAUUUCCUUGCCAAAAGUAAAGUCAAUGGAACCACGAGUCCAGUCCUGGACGAAGACGAUGAAUAUGAAGACUACUACGUGCAGUAUUAUGAAUAUGAAGAUGGUGAGGAAAAUGAUACACGCGACCAUGAAGGAGGUGAGGAUGCAGCUGAAGCCUUUACUAGUGAAGGUGAAGGUGAAGGUGUGGAUAUAUAUGAAGACUUAAAUAGUGAUAGUGAUGAGGACAGAGAUCAGGCUAUAGACGAAAGCUUAGAUAGUGAGGAUAAAGGUGAAAAUGUAGUUGCGAGCCUAGAAAGUGAGGGCAAGAAAGGUGAAAGUGAGGGAAUAUAUAUAGGCUUAGAUAUUGCUGGUGAUAAAGAUGAGGAUUGGUUUGUAGAAGGAGGCUUUAAUACUGAGAGUGAGGAGAAUGAAAGUGAGGAUGUAGUUGGAGGCUUGGAAAGUGAUGGGGAAGUAAGUGGAGGUCAGGAAGGUGUAAAUGACGAUGAAGAUGAUGACUAUAUUACGAACAUCUUGGAGGCAGAGAGUACUGAAGGUGACAAUGACAGUGUAACUGAAGGUGACAUUGACAAAGGAAUUGAGAGUGACAAUGCCAAAGGGACUGAAAGUGACAAUGACAAAGUAACUGAAGGUGACAAUGAAAAAGGAACUGAAGGUGACAAUGCCAAAGUAACUGAAAGUGACAAUGACAAAGUAACUGAAGGUGACAAUGACAAAAUAACUGAAGGUGAUAAUGACACAGUAACUGAAAGUGACAAUGACAAAGUAACUGAAGGUGACAAUGACAAAAGAACUGAAGGUGAUGCCUACAAUAAAUCAUCCACAUAUGUUAACGAAGAUGAUGAUCAAUACGAGACGAGUGAACUGGACACAGUCAUUGUCCACGGUGAAUAUGACGAAGGUGAAAAUGAUGAUGAAUAUGAUGCGAGCAUCCCUGAGGUUGGAGGCAGUGAGAGUGCACAUGGAGACGGUGAAAGUGACAGUGACUAUGAAACGAGCAUCUUGGAGGAAGGGAAAGCUGGCGCUGAAUAUGACAAUGCCACAGAAAGUGAUGGUGACUAUGAGACGAGCGGCCUCGAGGUCACCGAAACUGAGGGCAAAUAUUGCAAUUUUACUGAAGGUGACUGUGACGAAGAAAGUGAAGGUGACUGGGACGAAGAAACCGAAAGUGACUAUGACGACGAAACUGAAAGUGACAGUUACAAACAAACUGAAGGUGAAGGACAGAGAGAGACGAGCAUCCUAAAGACAGGCGGGGCUGAGGAUGAAUAUGACACUCAAGGUGAUAGUGACUAUGAGACGAACGAGCUUGGGGCAGUCACUGGCGUGGGUGAACAUGGUCAUGGUGAAAGUGACGGUGAUUAUAAUACAGAUAAUCUCGAGGCAGACGAAGCUGAGGAUGAAUAUGAUUAUGGGAUUGAAGGUGAUAGUGACUUUGGAAUGAGCGGGCAAGAGCCGAAUAAAGGUGCUGAUGGUGAAUCUAACAAUGGCACUGAAAGUGAUGGUGACUAUGAGACGAACAGCUUGGAGGCAGGCGGCGAAGAAAGUGAAAAUGACAAUGGCACUGAAGGUGAUGCUGACUAUGAGACAAGCAGCUUGGAGGCAGGCGGUGUAGUAAGUGAAUAUGACAAUGGUACUGAAAGUGAUGGAGACUAUGAUACGAACAGCUUGGAGGCAGCCGGUGAAGAAAGUGAAUAUGACAAUGGCAUUGACGGUGAUGGUGACUAUGAGACGAGCAGCUUGGAGGCAGGUGGAGUAGUAAGUGAAUAUGACAAUGGUACUGAAAGUGAUGGUGACUAUGAAACAAGCAGCUUGGAGGCAGAAGGGGAAGAAAGUGAAUAUGACAAUGGCAUUGACGGUGAUGGUGACUAUGAGACGAGCAGCUUGGAGGCAGCCGGUGAAGAAAGUGAAUAUGACAAUGGCACUGAAAGUGAUGGUGACUAUGAGACAAGCAGCUUGGAGGCAGGCGGUGUAGUAAGUGAAUAUGACGUCAUUGAAGGUGAUGAUGACUAUGAGACGAUUGACCAUGAGGAAGGUGAAAGUGCUGAUGGUGCAUAUGACAAUGACUCGGAAGAUGAUAGUGACUAUGAGACAAGCAGCUUGGAAGCAGAAGGGGAAGAAAGUGAAUAUGACAGCGGGGCUGAAGGUGAUGGAGACUACGAGACAAGCGGUCUAGAGGCCGGCGGUGCGGAGGCUGAAUAUGACUAUGACACUGAAGGUGAUGGUGAUUAUGAGACAAGUGGCCAAGAGGCAGGCGGUGCGGAGGCUGAAUAUGACUAUGACACUGAAGGUGAUGGUGACUAUGAGACAAGCGGCCAGGGUGCUGAUGGUGAAUAUGACUAUGGUGCUGAAGGUGAUGGUGACCCUGAGACAAGCGGUCAGGAUGCAGGUAAAGGUGCUGAUGCUGAAUAUGACGCUGAGGGUACAGGGGGCGGGGAGACUGAUUAUGGUGAGUCACCUUCACCCGAUGGUGAAGAUGACGGAGACGACGCAAGUAGUGGAGAUGGUGCUAUAGAUGAUGGUGGUGCCGGAGAAGGUGGUGAUGGUGGAGGAGGCGGGAAAGGUGGUGGAGGCGGGAAAGGUGGUGGAGGCGGGAAAGGCGGUGGAAAAGGUGGUGGAGGCGGGAAAGGCGGUGGAAAAGGUGGUGGAGGCGGGAAAGAAGGCUCAGGUAACGGAGGUGGAACAAAGGGACAGACAGGCAAUGAGAUAGGACAGACUGGGCAUAAUAAAGAAACAGACGCCGGCGGAGGUGGUGACAGUGGUCUUGGCACCGGGAGCCAGUCUCCCGGAGCAGAAAAUUAUGACCCAGAUGAUCGAAUCCCGACUGCUGCUGCUCCUCCUCCAGGUCCCUCGGGAGGCGCCCCGACGCCGGCGCCAACCUACACUACCUAUCAACGCGUCAUAUUAACCCCUCCAGCGACGACGCCAGCGACGACGACGACGACGACGACGACGACGACGACGACGCCGACAGUCGCCAUCACCGCAUCGACACCCUCCACACCCGCCGUUACCAACGUCACGAGCGGGAACAGUGGUAAAAUAGGAGGUAACGGCGUCGUCAAUGUGCCCAUUGUCUACCCGCCCGGCUUCAUCACGCCGCCGCCACCCUCCGCCGCCACGCAUGGCAACAAGACUGGCGGCGCUAGAGUGACAGAUGGCACUAGAGUGACGGGGGCCAGACUGAAGCCCUCACAAGUUCCCCCCGGCGUGGAGGUCAUCCCUGGUCCCAGGGGCGAGGUCGCCGUGGUGAUCCCUUCUGGCAUGAAAUGGAAGGACGUCAAGAGGUCGAUCACUGACAAGAAAGCGCGUCACACCUGGCGAGGCCUCUUCAGCGCAACGAGGAGCCUUCGUCGGCAGGGUCCUCAGCGAGGCUCCCAGAGCGUCAGCGUGACUCCGGUAGACCAGGGUUUGGGGGCACCCUCCGAGGUGUCUCUGGCAGCAGUUCAGCAGAUUAUUAAUGACAUGCCUCUCCAACGCCUUAAACAGGUUCGGAAGCGCCUUCAGCAGCUCCUGACGCAGGCCCGCAGAAGUCAGUUGAACAUGGUACUGGCGGUACGCGGGGGGCUCCUGGCGGCCCCUCCGGCCAGAGUGACUCUCCUCACAUCCCGGGACGGAACUCAGGUGGUCACCAUCCCCAAUACACUCAAGUGGGUGGACGUGAAGGACGCCUUCGCUACCCCUCAGGAGAAGAAGAUCUGGAAGCAGAUCUUCGACGCGCGCAACGCCAACAAGAGACUGAUGCAGGGGAACGUGUCGGAGAUCAGGCAGAGCAUCUGGGCCGUGGCUGACAUGAUCGACAGCAUGUCAGGGAGAACAUUCACACCAAAGAUAAGAAGAAAAAAUAAGAAUAAGAGGAAGAGGAGGAGAAAGAAGGUAUUCCUUACUACCAAGACAAGAAGGAAUAACUUAAUAAAUAAUAAGGGUGAGAAAAGGAACAAAAACUCCCGGAAACGCAAACAUAAGAAAAACAGACUUAAAAAGAUCAAGAGAAGACGAAAACAGAGUAAAGGAAAGCACAGUAAAGGUAAAAUAAAUGAAAUUCGAAAGAUAUUAUUCCCUAACAACAAAGGAAGUGGGAACAUGGCGAAAGUAAGCAAUUUGGGAAAUCCAAUAAACAUCUCUACAAAGGUCGCCAAAAGUGAAAAGAAGAACAGGAAAAACAGAUUGAGCAAAAACAAGGAAAAGAUGAAGACGGGAAAGAAUAAGAACAAGAACAAGAAUAAGAAGAGAAAGAACAAGAAAGCUAACAGGAAAAUUAAGAGGAAAAACAGGAGCAAGAAAACCAAGAAGAAAAAUGGUAAAGUCACCCAACGAAAGAAAACGGAUAAAACUCCCACUAAAAACAUCCUCCAUAAACAUCCCGUGAUAGAAAGUGGGACACAAACCUCCAGGAAUAUAUUCCCGCCAAUAAAUCCCACAACAAAAGCCGUCGCUGAGGCCUCGGGAGAGAGGAGAGGCGGCCACAAGAAUCUGGUGAAGAGAGUCAAGAAGAAAUCAAUUAAACAAAAGAAAAAGAAGAAACUCAGAAAGCUGAAGAAAAAGAUAAAGAAAUCUAAGCUGAAAAAUAAGAAGAAAAAGUUAAAGAAAUCUAACAAGCUGCAAAAUAAGAAGAAAAACACUAAAAGAUUCUUUAAGUUAAAGAAAAACAAGAAGAAAUCUAAUAAACCGAGGAAAAAGUUGAAUAAGAGGAAGUUAAAACCGAUUAACGGGGCUUUUGGGCUGCCAAAUAAAGGUAAGAUUAACGUGAGAGACGAGAAGUUAACAAAAUUUAUUAAAAGACUAACGAAGAAGGCAAAAGCCAACGCAGAUAGGAAAGGGAAUAAGCGCAAGUUGAAGAAGGCAAAGAGGAAGCAAGCAAUUAAGACGAUCAAGAAGAAGAAGAAGAAGAGAGGCCGUGUUGGUAAUGUACUUUCACUUGGUCCUCCAAGAGUAGUGUUGGUAGGUAGUGGUGAUGCUGCCUUCUCUCAUCUCCCUAACUCUGGCAUCUCGGCCACUUUGAUGCCAGGCCAGACGAAAGACCAGGAUGAUUGGUUGACUGCUAUCAAAACUCCAAAGAAAGAUCAAGCUGGACUUCACUGGCUUGUUCCCAAGAAGGAGGAGGACCAAUUUAAGUGGCUCGUCCCCAGUAAAGGCCAAUUUAACUGGCACGACCCCAAGAUAGACUCCAACAAAGAUCCACUACAGUGGCUCUUUCCCAAGAAAGACAAUGUUCCUUCCGAGGCUACUGGCAGCAGGGGCGUCUUCUCCACCUCCCUCUUCACCCACAAGCAAAAUAAGAGGAAAAAUAAUAAUAAUAAUCGCUGGAAGGCUAAAAAACACAGAGGGAAUAAACGGAAAAUGCACAAAACAAACAAGAGAAACAAGUCGAAUAAGAAAAAUAAAAAAAGGAUACAAUAAAAUUAAGACAGACAACACUCCGCUUUGGUUCUGAGACAAAGAGGAACCAAAGAUGAUGAAUAUAAAGAGGAAGCCAAGAACACUAAUAUUACGGGAACUCUUGGUCUUCCCCUUGGACAUCUGUGCUGGUAUCUGCUCACCCUCGAGUCGUACAACCUUGUACCUAUCCUCCAGAAUUAUAUGCAAAUGACUUCGGUCAUACUAUCCUAGGAUGUUUAGUAAAUGUUUACCUUUUGUUAACAUCUAGUUUUUUAUUAUAUGUUUAAGUAAAAUGGCAGAUCAUAAAAUAUUCUAGAAUGUUCCAUGAAUCAUCACAUGACUGAGUCGACCAAUUAAUAUGGAAAUAACAGCGCGGCGGUUUGUGUUUAGCUGUGAUUUUAAAGAUACGAAUCAUGAUUCAAUCAGGAGGGAGAAGGCACUCCCGGCUCCAGGAUUGGUCCUAGUGGAACGAAAGUUUUAUUCUAGCUUUAACGACCAAAGUGAGUGGACGUGAGAGGUGUCGCUGUUUUACAUGAAAUCUUCGUCGGUAAUCGUGGCUGCAAUUUUCAGCUGAAAUGUUACAAUAGGACGCGGUUGUUGCGUGUAAAGAUUUAUUCUGUAACUCCCUACCGUUGCACAUAGAGCCCACGACUAUUAUAUAGUCUUGGCGCUUUCGCCUGCUAAUUAAUUUCCCCAUUCCUUCCCGUUAUAUCAUUUCUCUGAGGCAAAGGAUCCAGGAAGGAAGUGUGACUAUUUGGACAUGUUUAUAUGCAACCAAGAGACUAGGAGCCUUCUCGAUGAAGAGGAAUCUGUUAUCGUAGCGAGUUGUGGAAGAGGUUUUAUAACUAUAUUCUGGACUAAAGUAUACUUGCUGGUUAGUCAGCAAGCUAUUGUCGGUGACCUUAAUAACCCUCCAGAGGUUGAUACCCUUAAAGCCUAACACCAAACGUCAAUACAUCAUUCAGUGAAGAGCUGGCAACCAAGAGCUUUGGGUAAGGUUUUAGUGUUGUCAUUCUGCCUUUUACACAUACACUGUGCAUAAUUUAAUCUGUACAGUGGAAAAACAAAUAAUUUCCUAAGACGAGGCUUUUGCUAGAAUAGGGGGACACUUUAUUUAUGAGAUGUUCCUUUCUACUCUGACCUCAGAUCAUGCGAUAAUCUGUAGGUUAUCUGUAAUUUAAUUAUGUUAAGUUUUAAAAUCUACAUGGAAAAGAUCCUCAAGGCAAAUGGGGGGACCCUUGACAAGCUGUCGGCUUCCUGUCCUCGUCGAGGCCACUAGGGUUAGUGGGCCUCGGGUAAAGCAGGUAAAUCAGGUGUUAUUUUCUCAAUGUUCUAGCUGCACCUUGUAGCAUAAUCAGUCAGCUAUACUCGUGAAGUCAGCUAUUUGUUAAUGUAACUGUGAAUGUCGUAUUAUAUAAUCCCAUCACUAUAGAGUUGGGAACUGUUACGUCAUAUUAAGUUCCUUCAGAGAUCAUUAUUACUGUUGUACCAAAGACCAGUAUACAGCGUGAAGUGCGUAGUCACUUCGUGAGUGACAUUUGUCAAUGUGUAGAUUUAGUCAUGGUGCGCUAGGAUACGACUUAAUGCCUCAGCAACCAUAUUUCUUUCCUUGUGUUUGUUUAUGAGAAUAUAUUUGUUUGUGUACCUUCGUAUUUGUACAUUAUACAAUAUUAAAUAACU